UAAUCACUGGGAUUGUUAACAAAGAGACAAUGAGUGGGGGUUCAUUGGGGAUUCGUUCUGGGAGUUAUGGUUCUUUAGACAAGCAGCAGCAAAAUGGAGUUUUGCCGAUUCAAGCCCCUUCAACGACGACCAGGACCAAGCCUUUUAAACUGUUCAAAGAAAAGGAAUCGUUGGUUCAUUGGAUCUGCAAAUUCGCCGGUCGCCAGAACAUUGGAUUGCUCAUCCUUUUUCUCAUCUCUGCUGCUGUUUUUGUUCGGGUCUUAUACGUUGGCAAAGGUGAAGAUCAAGAAAAUGACAAUGCUCCCAAGGUAGAUGAUAGCUUGCCUAUGAACAAUUCGGUGACUCCAUUGAUAAAUGAUGUGCAAAGUGUCGGAAUCGAGAAUCGGGUAUCUUUACCGGUCGACGACGAAGGUACCGAAGUUCGAGUAAUGCCGCCUCCGCCUCCAUCACAUUUUCUAGGCUACACUCUUCCUUCAGGGCAUCCUUGCAACAGUUUUAGUUUACCACCUCCACCGGCGGACAAAAAACGAUCUGGACCACGCCCCUGUCCUGUAUGUUAUAUUCCUACUGAGGAAGCUAUCGCCUUGAUACCGAAAGUCCCGUCAUUUUCUCCGGUAGUCAAGAACUUAAAGUAUAUUUACGAGGAAAACUUGAAUAAAGAGACGGAGUUCGGUGGUUCCGACUUUGGUGGAUAUCCUACUUUGAGGCAGCGGGAUGAUUCAUACGAUUUAAGAGAGUCUAUGGAUGUACAUUGCGGAUUUGUCAAAGGAAGCAAACCUGGUCGCAGGACGGGAUUCGACAUCAAUGACAACGAUCUUCUUGUGAUGGAGCAAUGCCAUGGAGUGGUAGUUGCAUCUGCAAUAUUCGGAGCUUUUGAUGUCAUACAACAGCCAAAGAAUAUCAGCGAAUACUCGAAGAAAACCGUAUGCUUCUUCAUGUUUGCGGAUGAAGAAACUGAAGCUGAUUUGAUAGCUAACGGUGGUCUGGACGAGACUAAGAAGAUCGGUGUAUGGAGGAUUGUUGUCGUGCACAACCUUCCUUACACCGACGGAAGGCGCAACGGAAAGAUUCCAAAGCUUCUAACGCAUCGGCUAUUUCCAAAUGCUCGUUUUUCUUUGUGGAUUGAUGGGAAACUUGAGCUUAUUUUUGAUCCAUACCAAAUUCUCGAGAGGUUUCUGUGGAGAAAAAACGCCACUUUCGCGAUCUCUAGGCAUUAUAAACGCUUUGAUGUGUUCGAUGAAGCCGAGGCAAAUAAAGCUGCUGGCAAAUACGAUAAUGCCUCCAUCGACUUUCAGAUCGACUUCUACAGGAAGGAGGGUUUGACACCGUAUUCCGAGGCUAAACUUCCUAUUACAAGUGAUGUUCCCGAAGGAUGUGUGAUAAUAAGAGAGCACAUUCCUAUUAGCAACCUCCUUACUUGUCUCUGGUUCAAUGAAGUCGAUCGGUUUACUUCUCGGGACCAAAUCAGCUUCUCGACGGUUAGAGAUAAGAUCGCGGCCAAGACCGGUUGGACCGUGAACAUGUUCCUGGACUGCGAACGCCGCAACUUUGUCGUUCAGCAAUAUCACAAGGAAGUUUUAGCACGUUUGGCUCAGAAGGCCGCUCCGGUCAUCAAUCCGCCACCACCGCCAGUCUUUGUCCGAUGAUCCGCCCAGAAUUUUUGCACUCGAAACUUAAGAUGAAAAAACCAUCAAUUUCUGCCAAGUAAAUUCUUACCGAGACAUGGAAGGGAUGGAAAUCAGGUGCAAGGCAUUAUGACAAAGUUGACAACAAAAUGAGUUUAAGUUGGCAAAUUACCAUUCU